AUGCCUUCUCUAUCCCCGUCUGACCUCAUCGACGUGUUGGUCGUGGGUGGCGGCAACGCAGGCUUCUCAGCAGCGACUUCCGCCGCAGAAUCUGGCGCACAACGCGUCGUUCUGAUCGACAAAUGUCCCCAAGAAUGGGCAGGAGGCAACACGUACUUUACUGCAGGCGCCUUUCGCACAGUGCACACUGGAGCCCAAGACCUGAUACCAAUCGUCAACAAUGUCGAUUCCGAGACUGCCAACAUUAUCGACAUGGAUCCAUACACGCCGCAGAGUUUUCGAAAGGAUAUGGAUCGCAUGACUUCUGGACGGACAGAUCCGGUCUUGAGCAAGGCGUUGAUUGACGAGUCGAACGCCGCGGUGAAGUGGUUAGCGAAGAACGGUAUUCGAUUUCAGCUAUCGUUCAAUCGGCAAGCUUAUAAAGUCGAUGGAAGGUACAAGUUCUGGGGCGGUAUGUCCUUGAAGACCGAGGAUGGAGGGAAGGGUUUGAUCGAAGAUCACCUGACCGCAGCUCAAACACAUGGAGUUGACAUAUAUUACUCAACUCCUGCGAAAAGUCUCGUCACGAGCGAGUCUGGAGCCGUCACUGGCGUUGUCGUCGCUCAUGAUGGCUUUGAGACCCUUUUGCGCACCAAAUCGGUCAUUCUUGCAGCUGGCGGCUUCGAAGCGAAUCCCCGUAUGCGAUCUCAAUUCCUCGGCCCCGGCUGGGAUCUCGCGCAUGUUCGAGGCACCCCAUUUAACACCGGCGAUGCGUUGGAGUUUGCGAUACGCGAUGUAAGCGCUCGACAAGCAGGUCAUUGGUCUGGAUGCCACUCAACAUGCUGGGAUGCCAACUCGCCUACCGACAGCGGCGACCGCGUCAUCUCAAACGAGUUCACAAAGUCCGGGUAUCCGCUAGGGCUAAUGAUCAAUAAUGCAGGGUGCCGCUUUGUCGACGAAGGCAUUGACAUGCGCAAUUACACGUACGCCAAGUUCGGACGAGCAAUACACGAGCAACCGGACGGGAUAGCGUUCCAGGUGUGGGACCAGCAAGCCAUACCAUGGUUACGAGAUGAGGAAUAUCGGGACGAGGUUGUGCAGAAAGUAUGGGGCUCUACACUCGAAGAGCUCGCGCAGAAGCUGGCCUCGGACCAUAAUCUGGCGGACCCAUCGACAUUCGUCCAAACAAUUAAAGACUAUAACGAUGCCGUAUACGCAAACAGGAAAGAACAACCUCAUCAGAAAUGGGAUCCCUCGGUCAAAGACGGGCUCUCCACGCAGUCCUCGACAGCACGACUGCCUCUGGCGAAGUCAAAUUGGGCAUUGCCCUUAGAUGAAGGGCCUUUCAUGGCAGUCAAGGUCUGUUGUGGCGUAACCUUUACGUUUGGCGGAUUGGCUGUGAACCCGGAGACUACUGCCGUUAUAUCAAAUGAGGGGCGAGAGGUUCAAGGCCUCUAUUGUGUUGGCGAGAUGCUUGGUGGCCUCUUUUAUGGUAAUUAUCCUGGCGGUAGUGGGUUGACCUCGGGAGCUGUGUUUGGUAGGAGAGCAGGGAAGGCAGCUGCUCAAUUUGCCCGCCGCAGUCAACCAAAGGAGAGGAAGUUAUCAGAUCGAGCACGCUUGUAG